UGAUCAAUCCGCUUUUUCGUUGCAUCAUUUUCCCAGCCAAACCAUAACAAUCCUUCCAAUUUUCCCUUUACUUUCUCUUGUUUCUUGUUUGCCUCCGAUGGCGCCCUUGGACCCCCACUCCUUCGCCGACAGCAGAAACCCACGCACCACCGACGUCUCCCUUUCCCUCUACUUCGACUUCCCUUCCGCCACCAUCCACGGCGUCGCUUUCUUCAUCCUCUCUUUCUCUCCAACCGGUCAACUCUCCUUCGACACCCGCUCUCUUACCAUCCACCAAGUCCUCGACCCCUUCAACCUUUCCCCACUCCCUUUCUCCCUUUCCUCUUCCCCUGACCCGAUCAAAGGAACACAGCUUUCCAUUUCAUUCCCGAACGGCCCUCGUUUCAACUCCUUCUUCAUCGUUUUCUCCACUUCCCCUUCAUCUACCGCCCUCCAAUGGCUCUCUCCGCCCCAGACUUUUAACAAGAAACACCCUUUCGUCUACACUCAAUGCCAGUCCAUCCACGCCCGCUCCAUUUUCCCAUGCCAAGACACCCCCGCCGCCCGAAUCCGUUACACCGCUCUGCUCAACAUUCCUCAGGAGUUAUCCGCCGUUAUGUCUGCCAGCCACGUGGAAAGGCGGCCACCGGUUUCCGACGAAGGACAUUCGCAUAUUUUGCCGUAUGGAUUUAAUUCGUUAUGGAGUUCCGAAACGAGGGUAGUCGAGCAGUUUCACAUGAACCAUCCGAUCCCGCCUUAUUUGUUCGCUUUUGCGGUUGGGGAGCUAGGAUCAAGGGAAGUUGGGCCGAGGACUACGAUUUAUGCUGAGGCUGUGGAUAGCCUUUUGGAUGCUGCGGCGAAGGAGUUUGCCGGGACGGAGGAGAUGAUCAUUCAAGGGGAGAAGUUGUUUGGAAAAUAUCCUUGGGAGAGAUUCGAUUUGCUUGUUCUGCCGCCGAGUUUCCCUUAUGGCGGAAUGGAGAACCCGAUGAUGGUGUUUUUAACCCCAACUGUGAUUAAAGGAGACGCCAGUGGGGCGCAGGUGGUGGCUCAUGAGCUCGCUCAUAGUUGGACCGGGAACUUGAUCACUAAUCGGAACAACGAACACUUCUGGUUGAAUGAGGGAUUUACAACAUAUGCAGAAAGGAGAAUUGUUGAAGCUGUGCUGGAUAAAGACAAAGCUAUACUGAACACUGGAAUUGGUUGGAAGGGUUUAAAGGAUCAAGUGGAGAAAUUUAAGGAUAAUUUGGAAUUCACCAAGCUCAAAAACUGUCAGGAAGGAGUUGAUCCUGAUGCGAUUUAUUCUGAAAUUCCAUACGAGAAAGGUUUUCAGUUCCUGUGGCGCAUUGAACGUCAGAUUGGAAGACCAGCCUUCGAUGCAUUUAUCCUGGAUUAUAUUGAUGAAUUCAAGUUCCAAUCAAUUGACACUAAGACAUUUCUUCACUUCCUGAAAUUUAAAGUCCCUGGAAUAGAGAAAGAUAUAGACCUGGUGUUGUGGACUGAGGGAACUGGUAUCCCACCAGAUGCAUGCGAACCAGUAUCCGAUCUAUACACCAAAAUUUUGUUAUUGGCAGAUGAAUUCAAAUUUGGGAGGAUUCCAAGGGAAGAUGAAGUUGCAGAUUGGAAAGGGCAGGAAUGGGAGCUCUACUUAGAGAAUCUGCCUAGAGUUCUCGAGGCUUCUCAGGUCUUAGCCUUGGACGAACACUACAGACUAUCCGAAUCAAAGGAUUAUGAAGUAAAAGUGGCUUUUCUUCAACUAGCAAUCUUAUCCCAAUGCAAAAAAUUCUAUGGUGAGGUGGAGAAAACUUUGAAGGAAGUUGGGAGGAUGAAGUACCUUCGCCCACUUUACACGGCUCUCGUACAAGGUGACGGGAAAGAGGAAGAGAAGAUUCUGGCCAAACGAGUGUUUUCAGAGGCUCGUGAGUGCUAUCACCCCAUAGCUCAAGGAGUUGUCGAGUCGAUUCUUGCCUAGCACAUCUAAAAUUGUGCAUUGACACGCUAUGUAAUAUAUGGUACCAAAGACUUUCCAUCCACCCGAGAAUAGAGAUUUAGGUUACAAAGUUUAAUGCACUUGCGUUUGCGCUUAACUGGAAUGAAAAAUUUGAUGAUCAAAUAUUGUGUAGUCAGG